GGUUCCGCCGACAGUCGGGAGAGACGAACGUCGGCGCUUGGAUUGGAGUGUCGGAGCAACCAGUCCGGAGCACACGUAAACCACACACACGUGCGAGGAAUGUAAUCCGUGCCCGAUGACCCAUCCGUUACCUGUGUACGACGCGCUGCAACUCAGACUGCCAAAUUUCAUCCAGGAGACGGGAAAGAGAACUACGGGCGGUCUUUGAGGAAGCGCCAUAGAAAGCCCGCAGUGGAUCAGGCGUCGGUAAUCGAUGGGUUGAGAACGCUCUUUGUCAUUUUUUUUUCUUCUUUUUGGUUAUUGAGGUGUGUAGCUUACCGAUGAGCCAUGCUGAAGGUGGUCGGAGCCUCGUGGCUGCAGACGCGCAUCUCCACUUACAUCAUCGGCGCCUUUGCCCUCCUCGGCAUCGGCGCCAUUAUCCUCGGCGAAUAUGGACUUAUGAAUGUUGAGAACGAUGGAACGUAUUCGGCCACUGUAUCGUGGAAUCACAAGGGAGGAUAUCGCAUCGACUUUUGGGGUCAAGGCAACGACCUCGCUAAUGUGCGAUUGAAUGCUGCCCGUGCCUAUUACAAGACCGACAUAUUUGAAAUUGGAUGGUCCAUUAUCGAAAUAGAAACAUCAUCAAAGUAUCCAGACACUGUUCAAGCUUAUGCGGCCGGUUUGUUAGAGGGUAGCUUGACCUGGCAAAUAAUCUAUCAUCAUUGGCACAAUACCGUCAAUGCUGUUUGUGAGAAAUGGGCAGACGAAUGUCAGAAGCUGAUGCGAUUCCUUCAUGAGAACACCGCCAUCGUUCGCGAACGUGCCGAGCGCUUGGCAGCUAUGGAUCCAUUCUGGCAUAUGGUGCGGCUGUUCUACGUUCAGCUGGAUGGUUUGGAGGCCGGCUGGAAAUUCGCGGUUCGUCGCAGCCGGCAGACAGUAGAAAUGAGCAAGGAGCAUUUCCUCUGGCUGGCAAUGGCUGCAGACCUACCGGAUCUCGAGCGAACGCUGAACGGUUCCUAUAACGAAUACAUCAAAGGCAUGAUUUUUGUAAAAAGUUCAUUCCGUGAAGGACAAAAAGGACCGUUGAUAGCUAUUGGACAUACCACUGUUGCACCAUAUGCCAAGAUGUUGCGGUUGUUGAAGAGGUACACCUUUGGUUACCAUGUUCUGCCAGUUUCAAAAAACUCCGCGUCGGUGCCAGGCGGAUCCAUCGUAAUGUCAUCUUAUCCUGGUGCUCUGUCGUCUCACGACGAGUUCUAUUUGAUCCAAGGAGAGAAUCGCGAGCUCAUUGUCGCCGGAACGCCAUUGACGGUCUCUAAUCGCAGCCUGUGGAAUUUUAUGAGCGAAAAGGACCAGGUGAUGUCAUCCGCGAGGGUUAUGGCGGCGAAUCGUCUGGCGAUGAACGAACAGUCCUGGUCUCGCAGCAUGUCAUUGCAAAAUGGUGCCGAUGUGGCGCGGCUAUGGGUCACUUUGGAACCUCGUGACGGCAUUGUCUGUCUUGUCGAACAAUUGCCAGGACUUAUUCGGCCGACGGAUAUCAGCAAAAAGAUUAUCAAUAGUGAUGUGCUUUGGGCCAUCAGUGAGACUCAACUUUCCGAGAUCAACGUGGCAAUUGGCGAAAAUGAGGUGGAAGAGGAGGAAGAGAAGAAGGAAGAGGACGAUGAUGAGACAAAAAACGAACUGGUCACGAGACUACAGAGCAACAUCACUACGGCAAAAAACUUUAGGAAGCUGAUGCAAGACUACAGUCACGAGAAGUUUAUCAAUGAAGAUGAAGAUCAAUCACGAAUUUUAACCAAAAGAGGAAACCGCGAGAAAAUUGAUCUACCAUUUGGCAUAAUCGACACGAAGACUGUUCUGGCCAAUGCUGACGGUGUGGAAAGUUUCGAAGCCAUUUCCGGGCCGAUCGUGCUAGACUCCACACAGCCGUUUCAAUGGUCGACAACUUUCCCCAAUGUCUCGCACAUCGGCCAGCCCGAUAUCUUCAAUUUCGACAGCGUUACUCCUCUGUGGGUUUGGCUCUGAGUCAUAAUCAUCUAAAUAUGCACAAACAAUGUUAGAAAUAAAAAGGUAGCUCUUUGAAUUUUUAUUAGAAAUAAAAAAUAAAUCUAUAAACUACAAGUAAAACAAUUUAGCUGUAAAAUAAUAAACUAUCAAAAAUUUUAAUAUUUAUAAAACGCUAAAUUUUUUUAGAUGAUCGAAAAGUCUUCGCUGAAUCUGGCUGAAUCCUUUUACAUUUUAAUUAAAUUUGAGAGACAGCUGGCUCAUAUGUUAGUUACCUACUGUGUGAAAUCUUAAAACAAAAUAAAGCAAAAUAAAUUUUA